GAACUGCUGCCACUUUCAGCCUUUGGAUUCUUUCCUUCUCUCACCACAAACCAACUUGUCCAAUUUGGAUCACAACACAACACAGAAACAGCCAUUUACAAACACCUUCACAUUUCACUUUUUCCUCUUCUUCUACCUUCAAAACAUCAAAUGAACCAACCAAAAGUCAGGUGAAGUAGUGAAGGGAACCACCACCCCUUAUGCGAGUUAGGUCAGUUCAGUUCAACACAUCGUGUGAAAAACCAAAGGGUGAAAGAAAAUUAUUGCUUUAUCACUAUUUUGUAUGUGAGAGUGCAUUUCUAGAUGCAUGUACUUCACUUCUUUGUAUGUUUGUGUCCCAAGGUUGAGUGUGAACUAAAACAUUUGAAGUGUUUAAGGUGUCAAGAUGUGACUAUGAUUGUGUUGGGUGAGGAACAUCUUUGUGAUCUGUGAGGUUUGAUGCGAUGAGAUGAGAUGUCAGAAAGGAUGUAUCCUAGGUUGUUGGUUUUGGACCAUACCCAUUUGAAGAUGGCAUGGGUUAAGCAUCAAAUCCAGCAGAAAGAUGGUUACUUGAGCUACUCACCACCCCUUCUGUCUUCCUCUUCUUCUUCACCACCUCCUUACCCUCCUGGUGCUGCUUUCCACAAAGAAUCACCACCUUCAACGGCAACAACAGCAUCAUCUGGCACUAGAAUUAGUCCUGCUGUUCUCUUCAUCAUAGUGGUUCUUGCUGUUUUGUUUUUCAUCUCUGGCAUCCUCCACCUGCUUGUUAGAUUUCUCAUAAAGUACCCAUCUUCUUCUGCAUCUGCUCAAUCCAACAGACACCCGGAAAUCUCCACAUCUGAUGCUCUCCAGCGGCAGCUGCAGCAGCUCUUCCAUCUCCACGACUCUGGCUUGGAUCAAGCCUUCAUUGAUGCUCUUCCUGUGUUUCAGUACAAGGAGAUUGUUGGGUUGAAAGAGCCCUUUGACUGUGCUGUUUGUUUGUGUGAGUUUUCUGAGAAGGAUAAGCUGAGGUUGUUGCCUAUGUGCAGCCAUGCUUUUCACAUCAGUUGUAUAGACACAUGGCUUCUGUCAAACUCCACAUGCCCUCUUUGCAGAGGAACGCUUCUCACUCAGGGAUUUUCUAUUGAGAACCCUAUAUUUGAUUUUGAUGAUCUGAGGGAGGAUGAAGGGUGUCCUUGUAAUGGGGAGAGUGGAUUCAGUACCAGACAGAAAACAGUGGUGGUUGAAGAAAGUGUGGAGAAAGGGGUUUUCCCUGUGAGGCUUGGGAAAUUCAAGAAGCUGAAUGUGGAGGGUGGGGAGAGAGAAGUGGGAGAGACAAGUAGCAGUAAUUUGGAUGCAAGAAGGUGCUACUCAAUGGGGUCUUACCAAUAUGUGGUUGGCAAUUCAGACCUGAGGGUGGCCUUAAACCAUGAAAUUGAUAAAGGUCAAAACACAAGGCUCACCAAAGGAAUGGCCCAUGAUGAUGGGAAGUUUUCAGUGGAGGGGGAUGUGGAAGCAAAGAAGAUUAGUAGUGUCAGUAAAGGUGACAGCUUUUCUGUGUCAAAAAUCUGGUUGUGGCCAAAGAAGGGGAAAUUACCCUCUUCUUUGGAUGCUCAAAUGGCCAUGCCAGUGCCAUCUUUUCUAAACACAGAUUUUCAAAGGAGGAGGGAAACAGAAGGGGCUUGAAAGGUAUCCACAAGUUUUUCUUUUUUUUCUUCUUCUUAGUUCACUUGAAUUCGUUUCAAUCCAUUGAUUAAAGCUAUCUUCCCCCAUUUCCAAAAAUUUUUUUGGUGUGCUAAUUUUGACUGCGAUGACUGAUUGUGCCAUACUAUUGAUGUAUUACGAUUUCAUGGUACAUAUAAGAAAUACCACUUCUCUUUCUUUUAUCAAA